AUGACUUCAGGUCAUCUAACUGACUUAGAAUACAGCCUCAUUGGCUAUCACAUUGUCAACGCAAAAUCUGACACAGGGAGUGUGUAUGGGAUGAGUGGCAACGAUGUACGAGUUGAUGUAGCAUCCUUUGAUCCAAAAAGUGGAAACCUCACGUGGCUUGUUGAACCCUUGUCGCUUUGGCCUGACACACAUAAGGCGCCAAGCGACAUGUUUACUUACCAAGACCGCCCUGUCCCUGCAAGCCUUGUGUCAUUUGUCGCAGUCAUAGUAAUGAAUACAUUCGGUGCUGCCAUGUCAUUUGCAUUCCUGUUCUUCAAUAUCUACUACAGAAAUAAUAGGACGAUCAAAAUGUCAAGUCCCAUCCUGAACAAUGUGAUCAUUGCCGGAUCUCUGCUGAUGUACAUGGAAGUUGUUGUAGCCAGUGUGGAUUAUCUGCAAAUCUUUCAAAAGGAUAUCCGGAGUUCUUUAUGCAUGGCGAAGACAUGGCUUCUUGCAAUUGGGUUCACGACCUUGUUUGGAGCAUUGUUUUCCAAGACAUAUAGGGUGUAUGUUAUCUUCCGGAAUUAUCCACUGAAAAGAAAGGUUAUCAAGGAUGCACACCUGUUUGGGCUUAUCGGAGCGUUCAUGAGUAUCGACCUUGUCAUUCUAAUCCCCUGGACUAUCAUUCAUCCAAUGAGGAAGGUCGAAAUCGUCGCAAGAAGUGAGUAUUCCACAGAUAACGACGUAAUCUGGUCGGUCAUCUACAGUUACUGCCAUAACCAGUUCGAGGUCUACUGGAUUGCCGUUGUCUAUGUGUACAAGGGACUACUCCUCGCCUUCGGUGUCUUCCUCGCCUGGGAGACGAGACAAGUUACCGUGCCUGAAUUGAACGAUUCUAAAUACAUAGGUGCGUGUAUCUAUAAUGUGGUGGUAAUGUGCGUGUUUGGUGUGCCCCUGUCCCACGUGAUGCCAGAGGAGGAGACAACUCUUCUCUACGUUCUUGGUUCUUGUCUAAUCAUCUUCGGGACAACCGUCUGUCAGUGUAUAAUAUUUAUACCUAAGCUACAACUUCGUCACCAGGUCGGCGGUCGUUUUCUGACGACUGAAAUGGCAAAGCGGGAACAAACACAGACGCUUAACUCCGCAAAUGAUGUGAAACUAGGUGUUGACCUUCCAGCAGCUCCAAACGCUACCGAUACAGACAAUGUGAAAGAAGAAAAUAAACUCCUGAGGAUGAGACUGGCAUCGGAAAGCAUAGCAAUGGCGCGAUUAAAGAAGAACCUAUUUCAGAUGACCGGAAACAUCCAUUUCUACAAGUCUGGUACAGACUACGUCCUUUUUAAGACUGACGGGGCGUCUACGUCGACUGAACGAGAACAAAAGAAAAGCAAUGAUUGA